CUCUGUUGAUGACCUUGAUCGAUUUAUUUUAAAAAUACUACAGUCGAUCGAUACCAACUAUUCAUGGAAUCACGAAAAGAAGGAUACUUAUUAAACUAUUGCAGUGAAAAAUAAAAUAUAUAUACAGAGGGAGAGAGAAACAGAGUUAAGUAAAAACAGCAAAGGAAAAAAGAAAUUUAAAAAAAAAUUAUGUAUAGAUCAUCUUAUCAAUCUGGUCUGUUAUCUAUUUUUUAUAGUGUUGGACAAAAACCCUUAUUAAAUUGGGCAACAUGUGCAAGAUCCGGGACAAUUCGACGUAUCUCUGAUUCAGAUAUACGCUCAUUAGUAUUAGAUAUACGUGGAACAAAUGUUUCAACUACUUAUAUUGAAUGUCCAAGUUGUCCAACAGAAACAUUAGGCAUACGUAUGCCUAUAUUUGUAUUAUUAUUUAAAAAUAUGGAUAGAUAUUUUACCUUUGAAAUAGAAAUUCAAGAUUAUACUGGUGUUCAUAGACGAUUUCGUGCUAGUAAUUUUACACGAACAACAACAAUUAGACCAUUCACUACUAAAAUGCCAUUAGUAUUACAUUCUGGUUGGAAUACUGUUGUAUUCGAUUUACAAAGAUUAACAGAAUAUUGUUAUAAACAACGAUUAAUGGAAGUGAAUCGUGUAAAAGUCAAUGCAAAUUGUCGUCUACGCAGAAUAUACUUUUGUGAUCGACCGUAUACAGAUAAAGAAUUGCCUAAUGAGUAUAAACUACAACUUCAAACACAAAACUAA